GAUUCGAACAACUCUCGACCCAGGCAAGUACCGGCUGAGCCUUAAAACAGGUUUUGAAAGUCUCACGUAUGCUUAUAUAGUUGUCUUUUACUUCCACAAGCACUCCUUGAUCUAUUCUGCAUCCUCUCAUCUCAACCGCAACGGUCACUCCAGAUUGCCAAAAGAAAACCGGUCUCAUCUUAGUUCGUUGCCCGCAUCUCGCAUAAGACAUCUCUCGAGAUCCCCAGGCGCAAAACUUGAACGGGGCAACAUGUCUGACGACUCAGGAAUCAUCAAAAAGACCUCCGAGGCUGCUGCCAAUGCCGGAGCAAGCUUCGCUGGAUCUAUGUCGGGCGGUUUAAGCCUUGGUGCAAACUCAUCCAAGAAGAAGACUACGACCACCAAGACGAAGAAGCCAGAUGGGAACUCUCAGCAACAAACGAUUCAGAGUGGAGCGGGACAGCCGUCAGAGGGACGUAUCACUCGGAGCCAGCAGAAAAAACUGUCUCACAAAGAGGCCGAUUCACAGUACGAAGAGAAGAUGGAGGAAGAGUACGCAAAGAGGGAGGGAGGAGCUUAAGUCUGUGAUCUUCCUAUCGAAAGUGCUGUGGUGUCCAGCGCCAGAGCAACAUGAGGGUUGCAUGGGGGUCGCGAUGUCAGGAGCCUUGAUGCUAGGCAUGUAACGAACCAGAAGGGACGAUCCUGGGGCCGAAGUCAGGCGAACCAUGGGAAUCGUCCAACAGGGAGAUCCAACCAUGAGAGCACGUUUCUCGAGGCAGAGGUCGAUAAUGAGAUUUGAAAACAUUCUUUGAACGUGACAAUACAUGGAAAGAGUGCCGAAAUAUGUUGUUGCCG